AUGGAUAGCUCCCAAGCGCCGCUGAUUGCGGGCCAUGGCGACGAAGAAGAGGAGCUCGAUUAUGAUUCUGCCCAAGGGUCCCCCAUCGAAGCGGGCAAGACGGAGAGCGGAAUGCCUAGUGUAUUUGUCUUGGCAUUGACAUUCGCUGCUGGUAUCAGCGGUCUACUAUUUGGAUAUGAUACAGGAGUCGUUUCCGCUACCCUCGUUUCGAUAGGAACAUCGCUCUCGAACCGCGAACUAACCUCGAUGGACAAAUCGAUCAUUACUUCUUCCACGUCGCUCUUCGCACUUAUCAUAUCGCCCUUUUCAUCCGUUCUCGCCGAUCGACUCGGACGCAAACAUGUUAUCCUCUACGCCGACAUUCUCUUUAUCGCGGGCGCCCUAUUACAAGCAUGGAGUUCUACAGUUCCGAUCAUGGUCGCAGGGCGGUGCAUUAUCGGUGCUGGAGUCGGCGCUGCCAGCUUCGUUGUGCCGUUGUACAUUGCUGAAGUGGCGCCAGCUGCGCAUCGAGGGCGUCUGGUAACGCUGAACAUUAUGUUUAUUACAUUGGGACAGGUCAUUGCGUAUAUCGUCGGAUGGGCUUUCUCGACCUAUGGCUCUCAAGCCACAGGAUGGCGAUGGAUGGUUGGCCUGGGUGCGUUGCCCGCGAUCAUACAAGGAGGUAUGAUUGCUUUUAUGCCCGAGACACCUCGAUGGCUGGUCAAGGUUGGUAGAUCCAGCACAGCUAAGGAGGUUAUUCGACGGGUCAAUGGUGACGCAUUGCAACACAAUGCAGAUGCAGUUAUCAAGGAGAUCGAGCUUGAAGUACGAGAGGAGCAGGAGGCGCAACGAUUGCGUGAUCACCGGGCAUCCAGCCGUUGGAAGUGGCUUGGUGGAUGGGAAACUCUCGUCAGUGAAGGAAGAAACCGCAGGGCUUUGGCUAUCGCGUGCCUACUUCAAGGGCUGCAACAGCUUUGUGGCUUCAACUCUCUGAUGUACUUUUCUGCAACCAUCUUCACAGUUAUCGGCUUCCAGAGCCCUACACUUACCUCGAUGGUGGUGGCCGUUACAAAUUUCCUCGGAACAGUUGCUGCGUUGGGACUCGUUGAUCGCAUCGGCCGAAGGAGAGUGCUCCUAUACUCGAUCCCUUUCAUGAUGGUUGGCUUGUUGCUGUCGGCCUACGGAUUCUCGUUCCUUUCGCUAGCAGCCGGAGUCAACACAGCCCCCGAGGAACCCCCUGCUACUACGGGACAUGAGAUGGCGGCCCUCACCAUCCUUGUGAGCAUCAUGGUCUAUGUCGCCGCGUACGCGCUGGGUCUCGGUAACGUCCCCUGGAUGCAAAGCGAGUUAUUCCCAUUGGCGGUUCGAUCGCUCGGUAGCGGUGUAGCAACGGCCACAAGCUGGGCCGCCAAUUUCGUUGUGGGUUUGACGUUCUUGCCAUUGAUGGACCUGCUGAGCCCGUCUUGGACAUUCGUAUUGUAUGCGAUCAUCUGCGGCGGGGGAUACUUCUUGGUGUGGCGCAUCUAUCCCGAGACGGCGGGCUUGAGUCUUGAAGAAGCAACGGCUUUGCUGGACGACGGUUGGGGCGUUCGAUAG